AAGAAAUAUGCCAAAAAUAAAGACUACACCUAGGAGUCAACAUCAAAAGUGUACUUGGUGCCCUUACAAGACACUGGAUACAGAUGACUUAAAGGAGCAGUUAGUAGAGUGUGGUAUGCGUGCCAUUCAUAAACGUUAUACAUGCACAGAAGUAGGGUGUUCAUAUAUAAGCAACAAAGUGAGUAAUGUUAAAAGACAUAAGAAAGUACAUACCAAAAAAGCCCCUACAAAAGUGGUUAGUAGCGAUAUAAGAAAAAGAGUAGAGACUGGAACACAGGCAUCUGCGUUAACAACUGUCAAAAGAACAGUAACCACUAAAACUACAUACGAAGAAAAUGGAAGACAAGUUGAAAUAAUUGAGGGAAAUGCCUUUUAG